AUGUCAAAUCCCUGUCGUUUCCCUUCGUUGCCAUUGGCCAGGAUUGCUCAGCUGGUGCCUCGUUCACGUUGGAUGCUGUGGAGCCUGAGCUGGAAUUGGUGCGAAGACGUUUGCCCCCUCCCCACUGUUUCCUUCUCCAAGAUAACGAGCGUUGAUGCCACCAAAUCAAGAGCAUUGCGAGACAAUACUUGGCUCCAUCUCGCGUGUCACAGGACACAAGAAUUUGACGAACCCUUUAAGUCGGCCUUUCUCAUGCGCGAUGAGCCACUUUCGCUCAACUCGAUGAAUACAAACGAAAGGCCACGGCGCAGAUCAGCUCUUCUUUGAUGCUCCAAGGCAAGGACAGUGGGAAUGAGUGUGAUGACUAGCGGCGGGACCCCGGUGUGUGCGUGCAUGAUAGCAUUGGUGUCGGGAUAGCAGGCAGGGCGGAGGCGGGCAUGGGCGCAGCGAUACCACUACCUAACCAUAGCGAUACCUAUGGAUACAUCAUUCAAUGGCAUUAGAUACCUCCCAAAUGGAACAUUUUCAGC